AUGUCCUGUCUCUCGUCACCCCCCGGUGACCCCCGAGCCAUCACAACCAGACCCAAACUCACCCUCCAGACCUCCUCGCUCCCGCGGACGUUUGGCAGUUCGACCACCAGUCUCUCUCUCUCCUUCGCAGCCAGCUCGACUGCUUCGCCGACCGUCCGCAAUACCUUCAAAAACGCCUACGAUGUCACCUCCCCCGCCUCCGCGACCUCGCCUCCCUCCAAGGCCCCCAGCCACCGAUUCAACAGCAGCAAACCCAUCUCCCCUUACGUCUACCACCCAAACAACAAUCCCAACACCUUCAGCUACCGCACCCCUACCAACUUCCGCUCGGGUGGACCUGGCAGUGCAGGCGCACGGCGGGUCUUCUUCCCCGCCAAGAAGCAAGUCAGCUAUCGGAACCCUCUCGAGGAGGAGAUCCGCACCGAGCACUACACCGCACAGCAUCUGGAUCUGAUCCAAGAAGAGGAGGCCGACGAGGCGGUGCGCGACGAGGCAGACCCGGCGGACGCGCCACCAGCUGACUUGGCGGAGGACGACUCAGACUCCGCCAGCCAGCUUUCCCUGUCCGAGAUGAGCAGUGCGUCGAGCGAUGAGGUGAGCCUGGAUGAGCGCGCUACCAGGACGCCGCUCUCCAAGACCGAGCGCAAGAAGCGGCGCACCAUGCGUACCGAGCGACAGGUGCGGGCCGUGGCACUGCUCGAUGGGUUCGAAUCCGAUCCGGACGCCUCAUCAACACCCCAGACUCCACGGCAAGGCCGGGUCAAGCGGCGGCGGGAGUGGAAGUGGACGCUGGGCCCGGCAGGUGCCACCGCCGACGACGUGCACCCCGAGACCUCCGUGCGAAUACCACCGUCUGAACUGGAUGAUCCGCCGCCAGACCCACCAUUUCAUCCAUGA